GCUGAGAAUCAUGUGGUCACUUUGGAAUAUCAAUGCACAAAAGCUACCGGGGAAACAUCCACGUGUUUAAGGAAUACACAGAGAAAAUGGAUUAAAACUGGCUGAAGGCCAGUGAGAGCAGAAGAACAAAGAAGCAAGAAGAACAACCUCAGACCAUCUCUCUCUCUCUCUCUCUCUCUCGCUGGAGGCAAGUUGUCUAGCAGACAGCAAGCAGAAAGAAAUAGGACAGCCUCUUGAAGAGACAACCAGGUCACCUCUCCCUCCGGGACAAGCCAACAAGUGUCUCCAACGGACUGCUAAUCUACCAAAGUCAGCUCUACCGAAAUCACCCAAAUUAACAGCACAACAUAGCACCAUCUAUGCCUCAUGGACAAGCCAAGGACAGAUUUGAAGAAAUGUUGCAAGGGUUACAGAUUUGUCCUUGGACAGUGCAUUCCUGAUGAUGCUGAUGUCUGUGCUGGCUCACCUUGCGAACAGCAAUGCACUGAUAAUUUUGGACGGGUUGUGUGUACAUGUUAUCCUGGAUAUCGCUUUGACCGAGAGCGACACAGAAAUCAUCAGACACCCUACUGUUUAGACAUAGAUGAGUGUUUAGUCAAUAAUGGCACAUUGUGCGAUCACAAAUGUAUUAACACGCUUGGAAGCUACAUUUGUGAGUGUCAAGAAGGAUUUUACUUGAGUGCAGAUGGCAAGUCCUGCCUCAGAACUUUUAAUGACAGCAGUGCAAUUAAAUCCGAGCACCUGAUGAGUGCUGGCACUUGUUCGGUCACUUGUGAAGAGUUUUUGCAGAUGAAGCAGACUUUGGCACAGCUCAAACAGAAGCUACUGUUUACCAGUCUAGAUAACUCCAGUGAAAAGACACAGCUGGCGAGGAAAUGCACAGAAACAUUGCAGUGCCCUCCACAUGUACCUGGUGCCCCUGGACCACCUGGUCCACCAGGAAAACCAGGCCCAAAGGGCAGCAUCGGGCCUAUGGGGCCUCCAGGAUUCCCUGGCGCUCGUGGACCCAGAGGUGAUAUGGGCCCCAUGGGUCUCAUCCCUGAUCAGUCCUACAUCAAGAGAGGAAGACGAGGUCCAGUGGGUGCACCUGGGACACCAGGAAAGAACGGACUAAAGGGUGAAAGGGGCCCUCCAGGACCACGUGGACUACCAGGUCCUCCUGGAUCAUUUGAUUUCCUCCUACUGAUGAUGGCUGACAUCAGGCAUGAUAUAAUCGAACUGCAGGAGCGAGUGUUCGGCGAGCAACGAGGCAUAACCAUCGACAGUCUGCCCCUGGACACACAAGACACAGGAUCUGGGCAAGAGAAGGUGUUCCCUACACACACUGGUGGCCAUAAUAGGUGACCAGACCUUCCGAGAUGGUUAAACAACACCUUAUCUACUGUUCAUUGGUCUCUCAUUGUAUUUUUAUGUGAAUUAGUCAAAUCACAACAAUAUUCUUGCAUUGUGCCACAAACUACUUAUAUAAAGAACUGAAUGUACAAUGCUUAGUUAAUAUUUGUUUGUAUCAAAGUGGGGCUGUUAAACUCUGCUGCCCACAUCCUAUCCCAUACACAUCCUCAUCUCUCUCUUCUCCACUGGAUAUCCCAAUGCAUUUUGCUCAACAUCCUUAAUUUUUUUAUUUGAUAAUGGGAUGUGGCAAGGCCAGCAUUUGUUGACCAUCCCUAAUUCCCCUUGACAAAGUGGUGAUAAGCCACCUUAUUGAACCACUGCAGUCCAUAUGGUGUAGGCACGCCCACAGUGCUGUUAGGAAGGGAAUUUCAGGAUUUUGACCCAAUGACAGUGAAGGAACAGCGAUAUAGUUCCAAGUCAGGAUGGUG